GUGAAGUCUUUGGUCCAGAACAUCAGCACUGACACCUCAGAAGACAUGCUGUUCUCUCUGAAGCCCUCUCAGGUGGAAACCAGACACUACCACCAUCAAGCCCGGUCCUGACACAGGGACUGUCAGGAGCUUAACAUCCAAAGCACAGCACAGUUGACCCUCUUGCAAACUAAGCUUGCCUGGGUGUCAUCCCUCCACAGCUACUUGUGGCCUAGCAGCUGCCUGCACAGGCGCACGGUCAGCUCUGUUCUCCACAUCAGGAAGGGUGGAGUCCCUAUGUGCUGUUCCUUGUCCCUGGGCCCACAGACUGUGAGGAGCAGAGUCUGGACUGAGCCCUGUACCCUGCCUCUCAGAGAUGACAGUCCCCAGAGGGUGCCUCUCCACCCAGAUCCCUGUUUCCUGACUCAGCUGGGGCAGUGGCAGGCCCUGUGUCGAGGGCCGGAACCCUUGGGUAAAGACGGGAACCCCUGGGUCUGUGGUUGCAGAUCCCGAGGCAGGUGAUGAAGGAUGAGAACAAGCCCCCCGACAGAGUCUGGCUUCCCAAGAGCCUCUUUGGAUCCCUGCAGGGCAACAGACCCACGGUGCGCUUGGCUAUAACUAUUCUAGACAUCGGCUCGGGGAACAUCUUCAAGGGCCCUAGGCUCCUCCAGGAGGAGGGUGGCAGUGUGCUGAACAACCACGUGGUGGGCUUGAGUGUGGGUCAAGCGCCUGUCACUGGGCUGUCGGAGCCUCUGGAGAUCACCUUCUCCCACCAGCGUCACUCUGCUAACAUGACCCUCACCUGUGUGUUCUGGGAUGUGACUAAAGGGCCCACUGGAGACUGGGCCUCCAGGGGCUGCUCCACCCAGCUGGGAGCCGAGCAGACUGUGUGCCACUGUGACCACCUGACCUUCUUCGCCCUGCUGCUGAGGCCGACCUUGGACAGGGCCACCGUGACAGUCCUUACGCGCAUCUCCCAGGCAGGCUGCGGGGUGUCCAUGAUAUUCCUCACCUUCGCCAUCAUCCUCUACAUCGCUCUCAGGCUCUCUCUGCGGAGGUUCAAGUCAGAAGAUGCCCCCAAGAUCCACGUGUCCCUGAGCAGUAGCCUGUUCCUCCUGAAUCUCGCCUUCCUGGUCAGCGUGGGGAGUGGCUCGCAGGGGACCAGUACCGCCUGCUGGGCCCGGGGUGCUGUGUUCCACUACUGCCUGCUCUGUACCUUCACCUGGAUGGGCCUGGAAGCCUUGCACCUCUACCUGCUGUCCAUCAGGGUCUUCAACACCUACUUCAGCCACUACUUCCUGAAGCUUAGCCUGGCGGGCUGGGGCCUGCCCGCCCUGAUGGUCAUUGGCACUGGGAUUGCUAAGAGUUAUGGCCUUUAUGCCAUCCGGGACCAGGAGAACCGCAUAUCACUGGAGCUGUGUUGGUUCCAGAAAGAAUCUGCCCUCUAUGCCACUGUCCAUGGCUACUUCUUCAUCACCUUCCUGUUUGGCGCUGUGGUGCUGGCCCUAGUGGCCUGGAAGGUCUUCACUCUGUCCAGUGUUGCAGCGAACAAGGAGCGGGGACAGAACUGGAAGGCCGUUCUCACCAUGCUGGGCCUCUCGAGUCUGGUGGGCAUGACCUGGGGGCUGGCCAUCCUCACACCGCUAGGCCUGUCCACCAUCUAUAUCUUUGCCUUCUUCAACUCCCUACAAGGUGUCUUCAUCUUCUGCUGGUUCACCAUCCUCUACUUUCCGAGUCUGAGCUCCACAUCCUCCUCCUCUGGCACCACCGCCCGCCUGGACCAAGUUCAUUCCACGUCGCACCAGUAGGAGCUGCAGCCCUGUUCUCUCAUCAGGUCUGGCUCGCUGCAUGGCCUCAGUGGCUCCCUGCUUUGUCCUAGGCCGCAGCUGCCUUCUCUGAACAUUGUGGCUGCAGAGGGAGAUGAUGGACCAAGUUGGACCAUGUGGCCUCAUCUGUCCCAUCCAGAUACGUAUGUGGGCCUGAGAGUCCACACAUUUGGGCUGGCAGGAGGCUGAAGUUCCUGUGGCCCCGAGACCCCGCCAACAAAGAGCAUCGCCAUCACCUCCUUGCCCACCUGCACAGCACAGCUCUCUGGUUCUCUACCAUUGCCCACCUCCUGGUCUCAGCAGGGGCCUGAGCCCAAAGAGCAGGUCUGGUUUGCGCAGCCCCUUGAAGAAGCACUCAGCCUCUCCCCCUGUUCUCCCUGUCACAGCUCUGCCCUCUGGCUGCCUGUCCCCUGGAGGGUGUUCAGGAGGUCAUUGUCCUCUGGGGCAAGAGGGAGUUGUAAACUAGAAGCUAGUUUUGGGGGUGGGCUGGUCCUAAUCUGGUCAUCCUUCUGGAUGACCUUCUGGAUGACCUUCUGGUCAUCCUUCUGUGGACGUCUUCUCUACAAGUAGGGACCUGGGCAACCUCACUUACCACUCCAGCCUAGCAUGAGCUCAGGGCUGGUCCAUGUCAAGCCAAACUGGCACAAACAUUUCAAUAAACACUCAUAUUUGCUGGCUGAGCAGAA